AUGAAUGACCCGUGGCCUGCUUGGAGACAUUCUGUCCAUUUUCCUCAGAAUGUAACCGGACGCCUCAUGGUGGGCCUUCGCUGGUGGAACCAGAUCGACGAAGAUGGGAAAAGCCACUGGAUUUUUGAAGCCAGAAAGGUCUCUCCAAAUACCGUGGCUGCCACAGAGGCGGAAGCUCGGGUCUUCUGGCUCGGCCUCAUCAUCUGCCCCAUGAUUUGGAUCGUGUUCUUUUUUAGCUCCUUAUUUUCCUUGAAGCUCAAGUGGCUGGCCCUCGUGAUAGCUGGGAUUUCUCUCCAAGCUGCUAACCUGUACGGCUACGUCCUUUGUAAGAUGGGAGGCGAGAGUGACAUCAGCAAAGUCACAGCCAGUUUUCUGUCCCAGACGGUGUUCCAGACGGCCUGUCCAAGAGACUUCCAGAAGCCUGGCCUUGAGGGGCUGGAGAUUCACAAGUAUUAGGUAAGAGGUGGGAUGGAGGUGGCGGCCUGGAUGGUGCGGGGCCGGGGGCUCCCGAGGAAGCGCAGCUCCCCUGGGCUCAGCUGGGCCUGUGGUCUGGGUGGGCCCUUUAGAGGGGUCCCACCUUCCUCACCUUGAACAGGUGCAGGUUUGACCCUAUGUAGGCAAGCAGGGUGGGCGACGAGUGAAGGGGAGGGAAAGAACAAGGGGACUUCCCCCCUCUACUUCCAUGCCUGGAGUAAGGUGGAAGCUGGGAAUUUACUCUUCCCUCGGCUGCUCU